CUGAAGAACAAUGAAGGAUACUACAUUGUCUGAAGUACUGAGUACAACUACAGUCAGCACCAAGUUUGCUGAAGCAUGCAACAUUGUCUGAAGUACUGAGUACAACUACAGUCAGCACCAAGUUUGCUGAAGCAUACUACAUUGUCUGAAGUACUGAGUACAACUGCAGUCAGUACCAAGUUUGAUGAAGCAUGCAACAUUGUCUGAAGUACUGAGUACAACUGCAGUCAGUACCAAGUUUGAUGAAGCAUACUACUUUGUCUGAUGUGCUGAGUACAACUACUGUCAGCACAAUUACAAUACUAUUGACAAUUUGUGUGUGUUACAGUUGUCGGUAUUUGAGUGUACUGUUCAGGAAAUUUUGUAAUUUCUAACUUUUCCAUGGAAUUAAGGUAACAGAAAAUAUGGUACAGUGCACACAUAUUUCACAUUUAAUACAUGAAAGACAACUUCAGUGAGGCAUAAUUCAUGACAUUUUUUCUAUUUUAAUUUACUAUUUCUGUAUUCUUUCCUUCCCAGAAACUAUUAUAGUAGUCAUAGUCUUACCCGUUAUGAAAAGUCUUCCCCGUAUUAUGAAAAGUCUUACCCUUAUUAUGAAAAUAAUAAUCUUAACCCUAGCAUGACAAUAUUAGUCAUAAUCUUUCCAUUAACUGUUUUCAAAAACCUGAAUAUUUGUUAUUUUAUCUAAUUUUCUUGAAAUAUUCCCUGUAUAUCAUUAUUCCAACAUCUCUCUGAUUUUGUUUCAUUGUACAAUAAAAAUGAAGACAUUGCAUGAAUCAAAUUAAUUAUUUACUAUGUCAAUAAUCAUGUAAAACAUGUAAAUGUUUUGUGACAUUAUUUUUUCAUCUAAAUUUAUACUGGUUACAAGACUUUGUAUGAAAAGAAUUUUUUUUUUAGAAAGGCCUUCACUGGAGACUGUAUUAUAUGUGAAACAAUAGAAAGUAAAAAAUGUGUGAUGAGUACAUCUUUUGUUAUGUGAAGUACAAUAAGUCUGUUAUGUGAAGUACAAAAUGUCUAUUGUUAUGUGAGGGAGUGCAUAGCAUGCAAGGAAUUUCUUAUUUAUGUAGUGUUAAAAACUUGAAAUGAAAUCAAAGUCAACAUGAAGGUAGUAAAAAAAAUCCAUCGGUGUCCUGUUUGUGAAAAAGUUUUUCCAACUAAUUAUAGACUGAUGAAACAUAACAGUACUCAUACAGGAGAAAGAUCUUAUCACUGUCCAGAAUGUCUAAAAGGUUUUACUGAUAAAUCUUCAUUAAAAAAACAUAAGAGAGUUCAUACAGGAGAGAAGCCAUAUCAGUGUCCUGAAUGUCUGAAAGAUUAUACUGAUAAAUCCUCAUUAAAACAGCAUCAGAGAAUUCAUACAGGAGAGAAGCCAUAUCAUUGUUCAAUGUGUCUGGAAGACUUCAAUGAUAAAUCCUCACUAAAUAAACAUGAGAGAGUUCAUACAGGAGAGAAACCAUAUCAGUGUACAGUGUGUCAUAAAGACUUUAGACAAAGGAGUCACUUGAAUUCACACAUGAGACUUCAUACUGGAGAGAAGCCAUUUCAGUGCUCAGUAUGUACAAAAUUAUUUACAGUAAAAUGUGCUCUGGUAAAACACAUGCGGUAUCAUACAGGAGAGAAACCAUAUCAGUGCUCAGUGUGUCAUAAAGACUUUAGACAGAGGAAUCACCUGAAUUCACACAUGAGACUUCAUACUGGAGAGAAGCCAUUUCAGUGCUCAUUGUGUGCAAAACAGUUUUCGGUAAAAUCUUCUCUAGUGAAACACAUGAAGACUCAUACAGAAGAUAAAACACAUCAGUGUCCAGAGUGUCAUAAAGUACUUUCAAGUCACACUUUUUUAGUUAAGCACAAGACACUUCAUAAAGAACAUAAAUCAUACAAGUGUUCUAAAUGUCAGAAAAACUUUUCAUUAGAAGAAAGUUUAGUAAAACAUUUAAAAAUUCACACAGGAGAAAUGCUAUACAAGUGUUCAGAGUGUCAGAAAGACUUUUCAGAGACAAGAAAAUUUAAUAUUACAUCAAAGAAUUCAUGAGGGGGAGAGCCCAUAUAGUUGCUCACUGUGCUCACAGAGCUUUUCACAAAAAUUUAAAUUUGAAAAUCACAUGAAAGGUCAUAACACAGAACAACCAUAUCAGUGUUCAAGGUGUCUGGAAAGUUUUUCUUAUGAGACUAACUUAGUAAAUCAUAUGAUAACUCAUAUAUGAGAGAGAAUACAUGGUAGUGUGAAGUGUUUUAAAGAUUUAAGUAAAUCUUCCCUCAAGGGAGGUUCCUGGACACUAGUGAGGGGCUCUUGAUAUAAGGAAUUGGAUCUGUGCUCCAUUUCCCUGAAUUAAGCCUGAAUGCCUUCCACAUUCCCCCCAUGAGUGUUGUAUAAUCCUACAGGUUUAUCGCUUCCCCUUAAUUAUAAUAAUAAUAAUAAUUUAAGUAAAUCUCAUUUUGUAAAACCUCUUGUGAUUGGUCACUUCAGCAGGAAAAUCCAAGUGAAAUUGAUGUCCUUUUUAGAAACAUAUGUAAGACAUAUUUAACAUAUGGUAAAAGAACACAAAUGUAAAAUUACAAUAAGACAUGACUAAAAUACACUUAAAAUACAAGUUAAUUUUUUCUUACCUCUCUAGUGCACAUACAAGUACAGGUCCGCCAUCACAAAUCCGGCAAUCAGUUAUUCGGUUCCUUCAGUUAUUCGGCACUAAUUUUGGCUAGCAUAAUUUCAAAUUUCCAGGGUUGCCACACCAACCUGCUGGUACUGUGUGGUGGGGCUACUUGCUGCAUAAGGCAUUCCAAUUUCUUUUUCUCCAUUUAUUGUUUUAACCUGCUUUUAGCCCUAGCCAUGGUUCCAAUGAAUAAAAGAAAUGCUUCUCAUUAUGUAAAGCACCUACACAGUACAUUAUCCAUUAAAGAUAAGGUGGCUUUGAAGCCACUGUUGGUUGUCAUGAGCUCAGUCUCAUGAUGCAGGAGAAUAUGCUUUAUUAUUACGCUAAUAUCAACACUACAGCUUAUUGCCUAUCACAAGUGAUCUAAUAUGACAUAAUAAACAAUAUAAAUAACAUAAAACAUGUUAAAUACUCCAGAAUGAAUAAUACUUGGUGUAAUACCGAGCAGCUCGAUGGAGGUAUGAAGAGGUUAUGGUAUACAAGUACCAUUCUCCUAUCCCUGUCUUGGUGGCUUAUAUUAGAGAAAACGGAGUAUAGCACAGGGCUAACUGUGAUAUACACUCGUACUGCACCAUAAACCUGAAACAAAAAAGUUAUUUUCUCUAUAUAGAUUAUCACACAUAGCAGAAUAUGUGUAGAGAACCUAGGAUAACCCAACAAAGUCAAUGUGGCUUCUUUUUAGUACCUGGCUUAGGUCAGCCAUAUAUGAUUUUUGGUAAAUAUUCGAUUCCCAGCCAGGGUGGAAACAUUAGGCGUGUUUCUUUACACCUUUUGUCUAUAUUUACCCAUCAGUAAAUGGGUACCUGGGUGUUAGUCGAAUAGUGUGGGUAUUAUCCUAGGACACUGAUCUAAUU